AUGGUCCUGGGUCCUUUCAUCUUCCUAGUUGUGGCAGCUCUGGUCUACCACCCUCUGAUGGUCAGUGACCACACAGACUUGGCCACACAGAACCGGCUCCUGGACCAUGAGAAACAUAUGAAACAGAAAAUGGAGCUCCUGCAGACAGAGGAUGACCAGCAAGGCUGGACCUGGGACCCACUGGAGACCCCGAAAGACUGGAUUAAAACUGAUCAGCUUAUGGAUGAUGAAACCUGGGAAGUGUGGCACUAUGUGAGACUGAUCAUUCUGUUCCUCUUUAUGUGCUACAUAUACACCUUGGGAAAGGAACCCAGUGAUGACGCUAGCACUGAUACCUCCAGUAGUACCACCACCAAAGACGAUGAUGAUACUGACAUGGAAUCUGAAACAUAUGGCAACAGGCAAAAAGUUCUAGAGGAUUUCUAUGACCGCCACACAGAUUUGGACACUGGGGACCUAACCAAUAUGUGUGAUUUUGUUGAGUCCUUUGUGAAUGACUUGCUGGAGGCCUGCCAGAAUGUCCUUCCCUAUCAGAACACCCUUCCUCGGUUGGAGAACUGUAUUGGAGUGGACAGUGCGUUUGAAGGAUGGCACACACAUGAGUCCAAGGCAUUCACUGUAUUGGUGCCAGUAGUGCCACCCAAAGGACACUCUUUCCAACUGGAAACAAGUGAUUCUGAGGGCACCUCAAGCAAACAUGGACACAUCUUGGUGGAGAUGGACUGUAUGUGCAAGAGAGAAAGGCUGCUAGGGGACGUUGUGUGCUUCCUUCAUAAUUCUGAGGAAAAGCUGAAUGAAGACAAGAAAGGUGCCUUCCUCAUGCACGUUUUGUGUACCAGCUCCCAUUUAGAUGUGGAUAAAACCAUCCACUGGUUCCAGAGUCUUGUGGGGAAGGCCUGGAAAAAUAUGUGUUACAAGUACAACCUUGAUCUCCUCCUUCCUACGCCUUCCAACACAUCAUGCAAGCUGAAACUGGCAUUUAGGUCUGGAAGGACAAUCUCUGUUGACAUCAUACUUGGAGUCCAACAAGGAGACAGCUUAGUCUUCCUGGCCACUCAAGGAGCUGAGAUGGACCGAUUAGUUGGUAAAGUUUGGCACAGGACCUUUGCGAUUCAGGAGCUGCUCUUUUUCGAAUGGGUGAGCCAGCGAGCCCCAGAGGAGAGCUGCCACCUGAAAUGUUUACAGAUCCUCAUCUAUCUCAAAGAGUCCACCUCAUCGGACAGGAAGAACCCUGUGCUCACUAACUAUCAUUACAAGACUUGUCUGAUGCAUCUCCUGCUCUUUCGGCCGCUGUCAGACUGGGCCCCUGAAGACAUUGCACAAAGGCUGCAGGACGUCCUCUUAUCCAUGCGUAUCGCCCUACAGGAGAAAUGUCUUCACCACUUCCUGAUUGGAAACAUCUCCCUGCCCAUUCAGAUUCCUAUGCCCAAGACCCUUCGCACUGCUGCUCCCGUCAAUCUUUUAAAGCACUUGGAACAGGACCCCAACCUUCAUGCUGAGGCAAUGAGGGAGUUUGUGGAGGUAGUAGAACAAGUGAGGGCGCUGGUGACAGACUGUGAAGAGUAG